AUGGUAGAACAACCAAUUCUCAACAAUACAACAACAGAAGUAAGCAAAGUAUCGACGACAACAACUACUGCCGAUCCAGAUAUAACAAUGGCAAAAGACACAUCAAUAAAUACUCAGGCAACCGCAGAACAACAAUCACAGCAUGAAGCAGCGGGCGCAUCUGUUAUAUCAGACUUGACAACACAACAGCAAGAGUCAGAGCAACAAAAGCAAAAUGAAAAUCCGGCUGCCAGAACCAUGAGUACCAAAACAAAGAAGAAAUUCGUAGUCGGCCUCGAUGAUGGUCUUGACGCCGAUUCUACUGAUUUGCCAAUAUACUCAUCUGAUGGAUCAUCGAAUUCUCAUGUUCACGGGUAUCGAUCCUUGUCAGCCACCAUGUCUCGCACUCAACAGAAACUAAUGUUGAUGAGACAACACUUUUUAGCUGAUGAUGAGAAUUAUCUAAAUCAUCCUCGCAAUCAAGUUAAAUUGACCAAGGUUAUGGAGAGAAUCAAUAGAGAGUACGAUUCUAUUACAAUGUUUAGGGAUCCGGUGAUUGAGAGUUUGCAGAGAGUAUUUACAAAGUAUGCUCACGAUCAUCCGGAAGUGUUGGAUGAUGAUUUUGGAGCAGGAUAUAAUGGGAAGGACUGGCUUGAUGGAGAUAGGGAAAAAGAAAAUGACGGUGUUGGUGACGGGUCAGGGUAUAAUACUAUAAGAUAA